CUGCUUUUUUUGGUUCAAACCUACUGGAACCUUCCAAUUGAAAAUGGACGUCGUGUGUUCUCAGCUCUCAACCCAUGGCUUUUAGUUUCAAUUCUCUUCCAUCUUCUUCGUCAUGGAACAAACUUUCUUAUCUUCUUCUACUGCAAACAAAAUCUUCCCGCUUAAGGCUCUUCUCUUCUUACGAUCCCACUCAUAGAUUACAACACACAAAAAAGUUACACAAAGCACUUAGAGUUCUCCACCUUAUUACUCCCCAAACCAACGUUACCACAUUAUCACCCCAUCGCCAUCGCCAUCUUCGCCUCAUUGACGAGCUUGAAACUAGUUCUAAGAAGUCGAGGAUUAUGGACGCCACAGUGUUGUCACUUGCCCUGAGCUCAUGUGGGUCCACGCGUAAUCUCCGUGCCGGUGUUCAGCACCAUUGUGCGGCUAUAAGACACGGGUUUGUUGCAAAUGUUUAUGUUGGAAGUUCUUUGGUGAGUUUGUACUGCAAAUGCAACGAGCUGGAUAAUGCUUACCUAGUGUUUGAAGAAAUGCCUGUCAGAAAUGUAGUGUCGUGGACCGCAAUUAUUGCAGGCUUUGCGCAAGAAUGGCGGAUUAAUGUUUGCUUGGAGCUUUUCCAAAGGAUGGAGAAUUCGGAUUCGAGGCCUAACCAUUUCACUUUUGCUAGCCUUUUGAGUGCUUGCUCCGGUAGUGGAGCACUCGGGCUAGGGAGAAGUGUUCAUUCUCAAGUCAUUCAAAUGGGCUUCCAUGCCUACAUUCACAUAUCCAACGCCCUCAUCUCAAUGUACUGCAAAUGUGGGGCACUCAGAGAUGCGCUUCACGUAUUCAGAACUUUGGAUGGUCAUGGCAGAGAUACCGUGUCGUGGAACUCAAUGAUAGCAGGGUAUGCGCAGCAUGGGCUCGUUUUGCAGGCGAUUGAUCUGUUUGAGGAAAUGAAGCAGCAAGGUGCGAAAUCUGAUGCCAUCACUUUUCUUGGCGUCCUCUCUUCGUGUCGCCAUGCGGGUCUUGUCAAAGAAGGCCGACUCUACUUUGAUUCAAUGGUGGAACACGGUGUAGAGCCGGAGCUAGAUCAUUACUCGUGCAUUGUUGAUCUCCUUGGCCGAGCUGGGUUAUUGGAAGAGGCUCGGGAUGUCAUUGCGAAGAUGCCUAUUCGCCCUAAUGCUAUCAUAUGGGGAUCAUUGCUCUCGUCAAGCCGCAUACACGGGAGCAUAGGGUUGGGCAUCGAGGCUGCAGAGGAGAGGCUUUUGUUGGAACCUAGCUGCGCCGCGACCUAUUUGCAAUUGGCAAACCUCUACGCAGGUGUGGGAUGGUGGGACAAUGCUGCAAGGAUGCGGAAAUUGAUGAAAGAUAAAGGGCUGAAAACAAGCCCGGGCUAUAGUUGGAUUGAAAUUAAUAAUGUCGUCUAUAGGUUUAAAGUAGAAGACAGAUCAAACACCAGAAUGGUUGAUAUUCAUGCUAUUUUGGAUUGUUUGUUAGAUCACAUGAAGACCUUAGGCUUUGGAUGUGAUCCCAAAAUGCUCGAGGAAGAGGAGGUGGAUCAUGCUUUGUAUAUGACAUAGCUGAAAAAUGACAUUCUUAUACCAUCAGACAAUAAUUGCGCACAUUUUCAUCUUUUCGUUUGAUCCCGUGCUUUUUUUUGGCUUAAAGAGAAAAAAAAAAGGAGCACAGUGAGAUCAA